AGGCGCCUAGCGCGCGGGCGGACGGGGGAGGGAUGCGGAGGACGCGAAGGCUCGCGGUUUGUUUGGGUCGUGGACGGUGCGCGGGAAAAACGGGGAAUGGCGGCGCCGAGCGCAGCCUCCGGACCUGCCCUCCAGCAGAAGGGGCUGAUGGUCGCUGAUCGGGGUCGCAGGAUGUUGGGGGUGUGUGGCAUGCAUCCUGACCAUCAGGAAGCUCUAAAAAAGAACCGAGUGGUCCUGGCCAAACAGCUGCUGCUGAGCGAACUGUUAGAACACCUCCUGGAGAAGGACAUUAUCACCUUGGAAAUGAGGGAGCACAUUCAGGCCAAGGUGGGCAGUUUCAGCCAGAAUGUGGAACUUCUGAACCUGCUGCCCAAGAGGGGCCCGCAGGCUUUUGACGCCUUCUGUGUGGCCUUGAGGGAGACCAAGCAGGGUCACCUGGAGGAGCUGUUGCUGGAAACCCUGUCUGGUCUUCAGCAUGUGCACCCACCAGUGUGGAGUCCUAGGCACGUGCUGAGCUGCGACUACAACUUGAGCCUCCCUUUCCCGGUGCGUGAGUCCUGUCCCCCCCACAAGCAGCCCCGCCUCUCUGCAGAUGUGGCGGAAGGCUCCCUAGACGGCGGAGACGGUCCUCCCUGCCUCCAGGUGAAGCCCUGCACUCCUGAGUUCUAUCAGACACACUACCAGCUGGCCUAUAGGUUGCAGUCUCGGCCCCGCGGGCUGGCGCUGGUGCUGAGCAACGUGCACUUCACUGGCGAGAAGGACCUGGAAUUCCGCUCUGGAGGCGAUGUGGACCACAGCACUCUGGUGGCCCUCUUCAAGCUCUUGGGCUACCAAGUUCACGUCCUGCUUGACCAGACUGCGCAGGAGAUGCAAGAGAAACUCCAGGAUUUUGCCCAGUUACCCACUCACCGUGUCACCGACUCCUGCAUAGUGGCGCUCCUCUCCCAUGGCGUGGAGGGCGGCGUGUACGGCGUGGAUGGCAAGCUGCUUCAGCUGCAGGAGGUGUUUCAGCUCUUCGACAAUGCCAACUGCCCAAGCCUGCAGAACAAACCGAAAAUGUUCUUCAUCCAGGCCUGCCGUGGAGAUGAAACAGAUCGCGGGGUCGACCAGCAAGAUGGAAAGAACCAUGCUCGGUCCCCCGAGUGUGAGGAGAGCGACGCUGGCAAAGAGGAGCUGCUGAAGAUGCGGCUGCCCACUCGCUCAGACAUGAUCUGCGGCUACGCCUGCCUCAGAGGGACCGCUGCCAUGCGCAACACCAAGCGGGGCUCCUGGUACAUCGAGGCCCUCACCCAGGUGUUCUCCGAGCGGGCCUGCGACAUGCACGUGGCUGACAUGCUGGUGAGGGUGAACGCGCUCAUCAAGGAGCGUGAAGGCUACGCGCCCGGCACCGAGUUCCACCGCUGCAAGGAGAUGUCCGAGUACUGCAGCACCCUGUGCCGCCGCCUCUAUCUCUUCCCGGGACAGCCUCCCGCGUGAUGCCACGUGGAGGCCGCUGGGCCGUGGGAGGCGUGAGACCGCCUCGUCUCUGCAGGAUGCACGGUUUCUCUUCCUCCCCCUCAGGGACUGGGAGUCUCCCAGACUCGCCGCCUUUGAGAAGGGCCUGCAGGCCAGCCCUUCCUGAGCGACGCACUCUCCCUGCAGAGCCAGCUCUGGCUGGACUCUUUGCCAGGAGUGUUUGGUUGCCGCCGAGAAGCCUGGCAAAGGAGCUUUAAGAAAUGGUGUUUAUGGGGAGAGGGUGUGUGGGUGUCCGCAGUGUUUGUGUGCAGUUUCUGCCCCGAGGGCUUUUGUAGGAAGCGGUUUGAUCAUUGCUCUUAUUACAUGAGCUGCAGUGGCUCAGAGUCCUCUCCCAUCUUUGUUUUCAUAUCCCAGCCCUGUUGGCCCCAGAGCGGGAGUUUGGAAGGUGUCCUGAUUUAAUGUAGACAUUGUUCAUUUGCCUUCACGAGGCCAAGCGGGACUAGACACACACAGCUGCUGUGUGUGCGGCCCUCACCCUCAUUUCCAGAAGGUCACCCGUAUGGAAGGACACUCUUCUCACCUCCACUCUCGGCUCCCCUGGGCUCAUGGACCCCAGCCUUUCCGCAGAGGUCAGGGUCUGGAUCCUCGCCUCUGUUACUGGUCCGUCUUUGCCCACGGACGUUUCAGAGAUCUUCGCAUUGGUUCUUUCUCUGAGCUUUGUUCCUGCAGCGAGCCUUGCAGAGAGUCAGCAGGGGGCAGCUAAGAGCUCUGUGUGCUCAUACCUGGGCUCUGUCUCCUUAUCUUCGUUUUUCUUCCUAAGGAACAUCCCUGUCUAUAAAAGUAUCUAGUUGUUAUCUCCCUGCUUCCUGCUUCUCUACCUUUAUGGCAUCUCAUCCCGUUUAUUGCUGCCACCAAAUCUGUCUAAAAUACUGCUUCAUUGGGUCAUUUGGCUGCUCAAGGAUGUAAUGUACCUUGUACCCUCUUUCUGCUUCAGUACUAAAUCUCCUUGUGACUUUAUGUGGCCUGUUUUCCCAUUGCCAUUGACUGCAUUUCAAAGAGGCCGUUGCUGUACUGCUGUGUGCUCUCUCUUUACCCCUGGAAGCCAUCUUUAUCUGUGCUUGUAUGAAACUUUCCUGUUCUUUAAGGCCUUCUCUUUUUCGGUUUGUUUGUUUUGGGGGGGUUUUGGUGUGUUUUUGGUUUUGCUUUUUUAGGGCCACACCUGCAGCAUAUGGAAGUUUCCAGGCUAGGGGUCGAAUAGGAGCUACAGCUGCCAGCCUACACUACAGCCACAACAGUGCAGAAUCUGAGCCGUGUCUGCGGCGUACGCCACAGCUCACGGCAACACCGGAUCCUUAACCCACUGAGUGAGGCCAGGAAUCAAGCGUGCAUUCUCCUGGAUACUAGUCAUAUUCGUUUCUGCUGAGCCACGUCGAGAACUCCCUAAGGCCUUCUGUUUUGUUCUUGCCCACUUCAGUCUGAUCUCUAUAGGACAGGUUUGGGUUUGGGUUUUUAAAUAUAAAUCUGAUCUUGUUACUCCCCUUCUGGGAACCCUUUGGUUUCUUGUUGCACCUGGAAUAAAAUCCAAACUCCUUCCUUUGGCCUGCAGGGUCCCCACCUGCCCCUUGGGGCUCUAAGUGCUGAUUUCCCAGCAAGCCACAGCCAAACAGCAUCCUCAGCUUCUCAGACGUUCUGAGCUCUUUCCUGCCCUAGACUGUCACACACUCUUGGAGGGUCUGCUAUGCUCCGUUCCUCAGGGCUCUUGGCUCAGGUGGCGUCUCAAAUCUUUGAGUCUGAGCUUAAAUGCCACCUUCUUGCGGAGGCCUUCCCAGGCCAGUCUAUCUCUAAAUAAUCUUCUCCAGGGCUUAUUGCUGUGCUCUGUUUAAUCUCCUCGUUGCACUUAACACAACUUAAAAUCAUACAUUUGCCUGCUUCCCUUGCUCAUUUCUGUUCCCCUUGCUGAGCUGUAAGCUCCAUGAGGGCAGAAAGCUUGUCUCUUUUGUUCACUGCUAUGUACCCAGUGCCUGGCACAGGGUCUUCAGUUUAUUGUAGGUCUUUAGUACAUGUUUGUGGAAGGCAGGAAGGAAGCAACCCUAGCUAGAAUCCUACUUUUUGGCAAAGUUUCCCUUUUGCCAAAAUACACAGUGAAGUAUAUGUACUCUGUUUCCCCGCGUUUGGUUUUAUCCACUGGUGUUAUUAGCUCCUGAAGACAGAAGUCACGUGUGAGGCAGCUCCCCCCACUCUCCCGUGUGCCGGGCCCAGUGCUCGGCCUCUCGUAGUUCAGGCGCUCAGUGAAAACUUGUUCUGUGAGCCAGGCGGUGCGGGAACUCGCGGCCAAGCCCUGCCCCUCGGCGCGGUGUCAUACGGAAGUCUCGGGGUGAUAGGACCUUUCCACCUCCCACUGCCAGGAUUUUGUAUCGCCAUCGGGUGCCAAAUAAAUGCUCGUAUUUAUUCUCA